CCUUUAUCUGAUCUACGUUUUGACAGACAGCAUGAAUUUUGACAAAAAGCAAGUUGUAUGUCUAUAUAUAUAUAUAAUAGAAUGUAUAUCAUUUAUUUAGAUGACAUAAACCUUCAUCUACUCUAGGUGCAUAACAUGACUCUCAAUGCGGCUAAACAGAUGUCUGAGUUGAGACGCCUUGUUAUCAUACACUGUCUUAGAGGUUUCAAAAAUAAUUCUUUUCUUUUCUUUUCUUUUCAUGUUAAAACCAGUUUUUCAAAACAUAUUCGCAAAUCUAGCUAGACAAAAGCGUGUCUAUUCAUCUUUUAAGAACCAUCAACGCCAAAAAAGAGUCGGACUCACAUCUGGUUAUCGCCCUUCUUCUGUUCAAGACGCUGUCUAUAACAUUCUUUACAACACACCCGAAGAAGACAAGCAGAGGCCAACACGUCAUGUGCUCAACUGCUUGGUACAUAAUGAACCAGGUGUGUUGAGUCGACUCUCAGGUGUUUUGGCCAGCAGAAACUUUAAUAUAGAAUCCUUAGUGGUCGCCAAGACAGAAGUGGAAGACUUGGGUCGAAUGACUAUUGUACUAAAAGGAACAGACAUGCAAAUGGAACAAGCUAGAAGACAGUUGGAAGAUUUGGUUCAAGUAUGGGCGGUGUUGGAUUAUUCGCAUACAAAACUGGUUGAGCGUGAAUUAUUGAUGAUCAAAAUAUCUAUUCUAGGCCCAGAGCAUCUUCAUGAGCAAUUGCCUACUGCAAAACUAAAUGAGCAGAAAGUUGAGGUUUUAGACACACAUUUGAAAGCAAACAAUGAGGAAUCUCCCAACAUAACACUUCGAAAUACAUUCCAUCAUUUACGUGCCCUUGCUGAAUUGACACGCUUGUUUCAUGGUAAAAUUCUGGACGUAUCUUCUGAUUCAGUGAUUGUUCAGUUAUGUGCCAAACCAGAACGUAUUACGUCUUUUAUGCGACUCUGCAAGCCUUUUGGGAUUAUUGAGGCAGCAAGAACAGGUGUUAUGGCAAUGCCUCGGUCUCCUUUACAUGACCAUUUUGGACCACAAACUAAGCAUGCAAUGUCAGAAGAAGAACAAGAAACAAAUGAUACCGUUGACCCUACACAUCUUCCACCUGGAUAAAAUUGACCUGAUCAUUUUUUAAAUAUGGCAAAUACGGUUUUAUUGUAUCGCAUUAUCAAAUAAAUAAGUGAAUAAACAAGUUAUUAGAUUUGAGCAAUUUGAACGCUAGGAACUUGUUGGUUAAAGACAACAUAGUUGUUCUUCAAGAAGGUAUCACCCAAAAUAGCAAAGCUGAGACCACCCUUGGCAAAGGAGGCGAAACAGUA